AAAAAAGACUAAGCUAGGUUAAGCUUAGUCGUUGUAUUUCUUUUGUUUUAACCUAAAAAGAAAAGGGUUAGCUAUGGAGGAUAAAGGCAAAGAAGAGAAGGGAAAUAAAGAAGAAGUUCGAUAUCGAGGAGUUCGAAGAAGACCUUGGGGAAAGUUUGCUGCAGAGAUUCGAGACCCUUCAAGACAAGGAGCUCGGUUGUGGUUAGGGACAUUUGACACUGCUGAAGAUGCUGCUCGUGCUUAUGAUCGUGCGGCGUUUAAUCUCAGAGGUCAUCUUGCUAUUCUCAACUUCCCUAAUGAGUAUUAUUCUCAACUUAUGGGGUCUGCUCCUCAGUAUCGUCCUUCAUCGUCUGUUACAUUUUCGUCUUCUUCUUCUUCAUCCUCUAGUUCUCAACCGAGUGAGGGUUUUGAGAGGGGAACUUCUUCGGGUGGACAACAAAGACCAGUUUUCGAGUUCGAGUAUUUGGAUGAUAAGGUCUUGGAGGAGAUGCUUGAAUCAGAAGAAGAAAAGAAGAAGAGAAAUAGAGAUUGAAUCUUGAGGUUUUGGGAUUAGAAACUUCUUGGAGAACAUCUUAAAUCGUGUUAUAUAUCAACUAAGACGGAGUCUGCAUCUGGGUGUUAAUUUAUCUAUGCUUUAUUGCUGUUGUUGGCAUUGCGUUUCUGAAGUGAAAAUGGAAGAUUGAGGCCUGAGAGGUGGAAUCAACGAGGGCUUUAACUGCUUUCAAAUUACUUGUUAGCGAUCUUCAUCGGAAAAAGAGCAAAGGGAAUCAUGGGUGUUCGGCAAUCACAAUUCACAAACUUGAUGAUCAAAUCAACAGUGUACUGUAUGUGCUUAGAGGUAAAACCAUGUUUUUAUAUGUUGUAAUUUAAUUUAGUUAAGCUGAAAUACUAUCUCCAAAAUGCUCAUUUGGAUGAAGCCCUUGACAAGAAUAAAGUUCGGACUUUUUGUGGA